AAACCCAAAGGAGGGAGUAUAGUAAUUUGAUUCCGUGAUUUUUACUCUUAAACCCAUUACUUUGAUUAUUCUAAAGCUUUAAUCUUUUUUUCAUAUCUGACCAAUCACUCAGCGUUGUAUAAAACCCAGAAGCCCACAACCAGCUUUUGAUCUUAAAGCCGGAAUCUUUCACCAAAUUUCAUAGCAGGACAACCACCCAUGGCUUUUAUUUUCACAUUCCCGUUUUGCCCCUCUCUUGCUUAACGUUCAAUCCCAGUGUUUUUACUUUGAUUUCAUCAUCUGGGUGGUCUUGGAAUCCCCUCAAACCUUGGAUUUCAAUCUUUGUUUGUGCAAUUCGGGUCGGAAUCGGAGAUGGGUCAGACGGAGGACCAUCCGGGGAAGAUGGUGCUGAGUCAACUCGUUGACUCGGUGAAGGCGAUAUCCGAGUUGCCGGAGUGCAGGAACGUGUUUAGGAAGAUGUAUGGGAAUUUUGUGAGGAGAGUGAAGCUGUUGAGUCCUUUGUUUGAGGAGUUGAGGGAUAGUGAUAAGCAGCUUGGGGAAGAAGAGGUUGAGGCUUUUGAGUCGCUAGGGGAGGCUUUGCAUUCGGCUAUGGAGCUCAUCAAGUCUGUCAACCAAGGCAGCAAGCUUUAUCAGGCUUUGGAAAGAGACAAGGUUAUUAUGAGGUUUCACCAAAUGACUGUUAAAAUUGAAGCAGCCUUGAGUAUAAUUCCUUAUAAAAACUUUGAUAUGUCGGAGGAGGUCUGCGAACAGAUUGAACUAGUACAUGCUCAAUUUAAAAGAGCAAAGGAAAGAAUGGACUCUCUCGACUCACAACUAGAGAUGGAUUUGGUCAUAGCAUUGAGAGAUAAGGAUCCUGAUAUUGCAAUAAUUAAGAGACUUUCGGAGAAGCUGCACCUCAGAACCAUCAACGAUCUGAAAAAAGAGUCACUUGCUUUCCAUGAAUUGGUUAUAGCAAGUGGCGGAGAUCUAGGAGACCAGUUUGAACAGAUGCAAGCUCUUUUUAAGAAGCUAAACGACUAUGUGGUGACAGAAAACCCAGAAGUUGACAACUUUGAACGUGACAAGGGCACGAUCAAGCACAGAUCUCCAGUUAUCCCAGAUGAUUUCCGGUGUCCAAUAUCUCUAGAAUUGAUGAAAGAUCCUGUCAUUGUAUCUACUGGACAGACAUAUGAAAGGUCCUGUAUUCAGAAGUGGUUGGAUGCUGGACACAAAACCUGUCCCAAAACACAGCAGACACUAUUGCACACGGCCAUAACCCCAAACUAUGUUCUGAAGAGUCUGAUUGCUUUGUGGUGUGAGAGCAAUGGCGUUGAGCUUCCGAAAAAGCAAGGGAAUAAAAGCAAGAAACCAGGAUGCAGUGUUUCAGACUGUGAUCGAGCUUCUAUUGACUCUUUAUUAGAAAAAUUGGCAAGGGGCAGUUCAGACGAACAAAGAGCAGCUGCUGGAGAGCUCCGCUUGUUGGCAAAAAGGAAUGCAGAUAAUAGAGUGUGUAUUGCUGACGCAGGAGCCAUCCCUCUCCUUGUUGAGCUUCUAUCCUCCCCAGAUCCUCGGACCCAAGAGCACGCUGUUACAGCACUCCUUAACCUUUCGAUAAAUGAAAGCAACAAGGGAGCAAUUGUCAUUGCAGGAGCUAUACAUGAUAUAGUAGAAGUUUUGAAACAUGGUAGCAUGGAGGCUAGAGAAAAUGCAGCUGCAACCCUUUUCAGUUUGUCUGUAGUAGAUGAGAACAAGGUGCAAAUUGGAGCUGCUGGGGCUAUCCCAGCCCUUAUAAAAUUGCUCUGCGAGGGGACUCCAAGAGGAAAAAAAGAUGCUGCCACGGCUAUAUUUAAUCUUUCAAUCUACCAGGGAAACAAGGCCAGGGCUGUAAGGGCUGGUAUUGUGACCCCACUGAUGAGUUUGCUUAAGGAUGCGGGAAGUGGGAUGGUAGAUGAAGCUCUUGCAAUCCUGGCCAUUUUAGCGAGCCAUCAAGAAGGGAAGGUGGCAAUUGCUCAAGCUGACGCAAUCCCUAUUUUGGUGGAAGUUAUACGAACAGGUUUCCCACGCAACCGGGAGAAUGCCGCUGCUGUAUUAUGGUCAUUAUGCACAGGCGAUUUGCAGCAGUUGAAACUAGCAAGGGAACUUGGUGCAGAAGAAGCAUUGCAGGAACUCACAGAAAAUGGCACUGAUAGAGCCAAGAGAAAAGCCGGAAAUGUUUUGGAGCUCCUCCAACGAAUCGACGAUCCUGCUAGUCCAUAAGUAACCAAACUUCAUGUUCACUUCCUAGCACUAUUUUAGGAUGAAAGAAUGUAUAGUUUGGAGAUCAACUGUGGAAUGCGUAGAGAAACUAUAGUCAUACUUGUACUAUAUCAAUGUGAUUUAAUUGGCGGUGAUGUAAAAAGGGAUACGUAGAACAAUAGAACAUUCAAGGGAUUUGUAUGUUGAGCAUUCAUGUACUUAAUGUGAGAAAAUCUUGAUUCUUCUGCUUUUC